CAAAAUUACAGGUUUCUGUAUUAGUGACCGUCGAAAAUAACCUCUGAAAAGCCGAUACAAUCCCACAUUGAGAAACUAAUAAAAAAAUUGGAAUUGGUUCAAAUCGCUACUGAAAGUUAUUUCAGGAUUUGUAAUAAUGUCUCUUGCCAUUACAGAAUGUGGAGAUUUCAGUGCCUUUCAAGAAGCGGUUAAAAAUAUGCGGAAAAUAGAUGAUCUCAUAAUAAGUACGUUAAAUACGGCAAUACCGACUGAUUCUUUUCAUCCUGAUGGAGAGUCGGCUUGUAAAGACUUGCACAAGAAACUGGAGGAAGGGAAUAGUCAGAGAACUAAUGUUAUAAAAAAUUGUAUAACUGUGACUGCUAAUAGAGUAAAAGAACUGAGGGAAAAACGUGAUACUAAUGCCGAAGAUAUUUCAUUAUCAAAAGCUUUAAGAUCAGAACAAACAAAAUUGAGAAUGUUACAAGUGGAGCUAACUGUUGAAGAUCUGGUCCAACAAAGAACUGCGAAAGUCUUCCAUGAAAAAUGUAGGAAAUAUUACAAGCCCCUCUAGUGGGGCACACGCCAAGUAGUGGGGACUUUUUACCAAGUUAUAGCUGUUUUAUACACUUCUUAUUACGUACAAAAAUUUAGAAACAAA